AUGGCGUCAGAGGCCGAGAUAUCUGCCCAGAAAGUGGCUGAUAGGCACCUGGAGGAGAAGCUAGGGCAGGAUGCACUGUUUGAGGCGAAAAGGGCGACUGAUGAUGAACAUGCACAGACUCUAUGGCAAGCCCUACGAGAAAAUCGUAAGGCUGUUAUGUGGUCGGUCUUGAUUUCAAUGACAAUUAUUAUGGAAGGUUAUGAUACCAUUCUUAUAGGUACUUUCUUCGCGUAUCCCGAGUUCAAUAAGAAGUAUGGAUCAUACUACGGACCUGAAAAGGACUGGCAAGUCCCUGGACCAUGGCAGACGGGACUGAAUCAGGCCAGUACAGCUGGCGCCAUUGUCGGUGGUAUACUUAACGGCUAUAUUGCCAGCAGAUGGGGCUAUCGGUGGGUGAUGAUUGGAUCACUAGGGAUCCUCAACUUCUUCAUCCUUCUGGUUUUCUUGUUCAAUAGUGUCCAAGUACUUCUAGUUGGCCAGAUUCUUUGUGGUCUUUGCUGGGGUGUCUUUGCUACUCUCGCGCCGGCGUACGCUUCGGAGGUCGCUCCUACGAACCUGCGUGGAUAUUUGACUACCUACGUUAACCUGUGUUGGGCUAUCGGCCAGUUAAUCGCGGCUGGUGUGUUAACAGGUGGUCUCAAUAUCAAGAACGAAUGGGCCUUUCGUAUCCCUUUCGCUAUUCAAUGGGUCUGGCCAAUACCCUUGAUGAUAGUAUGCUAUCUGUGCCCUGAGAGCCCAUGGUGGCUUGUACGGGCCGAACGUCUGGAGGAAGCCAAGCACUCACUCCGUAGGCUGAGUGGUGGGAAGACAGAAGAACAACUUAACAAUCAAAUUGCGAUGAUGGUACAUACGAACAAAGUCGAAGCCGCGGAGACUGGAGGCGCGACGUAUGCCGAUUGCUUUAAAGGGGCCAACCUACGCCGAACGGAGAUUGUUUGUGUCACGCUGGCAGGCCAGAUCCUCUCUGGUAGCACUUUUGCGUACACGCCUACGUUUUUCUUCGUGUCGGCCGGGUUACCCACAGAUGCGUCUUUUUACCUAAGCCUCGGUGCUAAAGGUAUUGCAUUUAUCGGCACAAUUCUAUCUUGGAUCUUGAUCUCGCGAUGGGGUCGACGCACACUCUAUGUGGGCGGAAUGGGUAUCCUAUCCCUCACUUUAUUGAUCGUUGGUAUUUUAAGUGUCACUGCUGGAGCUCCGGGUCUUUGGGCCUCUGGCGGACUCUGUGUCUUCUGGCUUUUCAUUUACUCGCUCACUAUUGGCCCUCUUGCCUACAGUAUCAUUUCUGAGACAUCGUCUGUCCGGCUUCGCCCUUUAUCAGUAGUUCUUGCUCGGGUUGCCUAUCAGGUUGUCAACAUUAUCUCACAGUUUUUGAAUACUUACAUGGUUAGUGUGGUAGAGUGGAACUGGGCUGGCAAGAGCGGAUUCUUCUGGGGCGGCACAGCGUUCCUCGUUUUUGUGUGGUCUUAUUUCCGCCUACCUGAGAUCAAAGAUCGCACUUAUGAAGAGUUGGAUCUCUUAUUCAUGAGGAAAGUGUCUGCUAGGAAAUUCGCGACAACACAUGUCGAUGCCUACGAGGCGGUACGGUCGGAGAAAGGAACAUACGAAUGAAUCACAGGAAUUGGGUGACAGCGGAUGUGUAAUAAGAAAUGAGAAUGAUUGAGCAACUAGCGCGGAUAGGUCAAGGAGGAUCAUGAUUUAACGAAUUUAGCCUAUGUUAAAUUGUCUAGACAAUGAGCUAGAUUUCUCACACCUUCGGGACAGCUCUAAUAAACCAAAUCCCAAAACUGUAUUCGCUAGGCUGAACCCAACCAGCCAAACUGCAAAGAUUGACA